AUGGAGAAAAGAGGUGAGCACCCUGUGGAGGCGUUUGGAUGGGCUGCAAGGGACUCCUCCGGCCAUCUUUCUCCCUUUGUAUUCUCUAGAAGGGAAACGGGAGAUGAGGAUGUGAGAGUGAAGGUUUUGUACUGUGGAAUAUGCCAUAGCGAUCUCCAUUGCCUCAGAAACGAAUGGGACUCUUCCAUGUAUCCCAUGGUUCCCGGGCACGAGAUAGUAGGAGAAGUGACCGAAACGGGAGCCAAAGUGAACAAGUUCAAAGUCGGAGACAGAGUAGGUGUCGGAUGCAUAAUGGAUUCGUGUCGCACGUGCGAAAACUGCCUUACCGACCAGGAGAACUAUUGUCCUAAAGCCAUUGUGACGUACAAUGGAUUUCACCGGGAUGGUACGGUAACUUACGGUGGAUACUCCGACCACAUCGUGGUAGAGGAACGUUACGCCAUCAAGAUUCCCGAUACAUUGCCUCUUGCCUCGGCUGCUCCCCUCCUCUGUGCAGGUAUUACGAUGUAUAGUCCCAUGAAAUACUUUGGAUUGGCCGAACCGGGGAAGCAUGUUGGAAUCGUGGGGCUAGGCGGUCUAGGGCACGUCGGGGUCAAGUUUGCCAAGGCGUUGGGUGCUAAGGUUACGGUUGUUAGUUCGUCGGUCCGAAAACGGAAGGAGGCUCUGGAGAAUCUUGGGGCUGAUGGAUUUUUGGUCAGUAACGACCUUGAACAAAUGCAGGGUGCAAUGGGAACUAUGGAUGGUAUAAUUGACACGGUGUCGGCAUCCCAUUCGAUAUUGCCACUAAUCGGACUACUGAAAACCAAUGGAAAACUUGUCGUGGUUGGUGUGGCGGAAAAGCCCUUUGAGCUCCCAUCAUUUUCUUUGAUCAUGGGUUCGUGCAACAUUUAUUUAUCGUAUACCAAAAUGGCUGAAAAUGUUGUUGCUAUGCCUGUGAUUGUACCCACAGUGACUCCCCCUGCACCAGCACCUGCGGAAAAACCGGCCAAGUUUUUCGGUGUUGAUUUCAAGAGGUGGCAGGCAAAGAUGUUCUUUUAUUUGACAACAUUGUCAUUGCAAAGAUAUAUCAAGGAAGAUGCUCCUAAAGAUUGA